CACUUAUUGAUUUGUCGAUGAUAUGAGCUUUUGGGUGAAGCGUUUGUUAUUCGUUAAAAAAUUGAUGGGCAAUCGGUUGAUUGCAGAUUGAUGAAUGCACAAUCAGGUGGGUUAUUCGGUCAUCAGCAUGAACCCGAGCGUCUCGCCACUGCUAUUUCUCACAUCGAAAACAAAGCGCUCGAUGUAAAAACAAAUAUUGAGCAGCUCCUAUUUAUGCUUGACCUGCAGGAGGAAGUGGAAUGGCCUGAUAUAUUGGACAAAUUUUCAUCGCUUGCCAGUGCAAUGACCCAAUUACAAUUUAUAUUAAAAAAGUCAGCUCUGCCAUCCGGAUUCGAAGAUUUUGGGUUCUUUUUGAGAACUCAUGUACUGGUACCUCACUGCCUUUCCAAUGAUAUAGAUCCUAAUCUCCAGCAAGCCACUUCAAAUCGCAUUCACUGCUGGAAUCACGAUGUUUGUCCGGAUUAUUUACGCACAAAACUGACUCCUGAAGUGGAAGCCGACGAAUCGCAUAUUGAUAAUGAGAAGAACACACGAACGUUUGAUCAGGUAAAUAAACAAAUAUUGGCAAUGAACAAACACGUCGAGACAUUGUUGGCAUCAAUGGCCGAGAAUGCCCGUAGUCAGACGGAAAUACAACAAGAUGUACCGACUUACAGCGGUCAGGAUACUCAGAAGUUGGUGAGAGCUGUUGUGAAUGGAGAAGGACUACGUCCAUCAAAAACUCUUGUCCCACCCGAAGGUGGCGUUACAGGAACCUCUGUCAGUGGAUCACAUGGGGCUGUUCGAACGCCAGGAAUGACGGCAUCUCCACAACAAAGGCGAUAAUUUUGAUUAAUGUUCAUUACGUAUCAAUACGUAUUCUGAGAAAUACUGUUGGUAUCGAUUUUUUGAAACAUAAAAAAAUAGCAGUUUGUCAUUGCACACUUUUUGCACUUCUUCAAGUGUAAAAUGCGAUUUCCCCCUGUAAUAUUUUUUAACUGUUACAACGAAUGCAUCCUAAGGACGUCGGAUCGAGUUCGAUUAAGGAGCCCUCACUAAAUACCACAAAAAUAUGUACUAAUUGUUG